AUGUUUGAAGCAGGUAAAUACAAUGGAUUGAUUGAUUUGUUUCUUUUAGAGCUGAACCCAUUCUGGUUUAUUUACAUUUUUAAUAUCUAUCUUUCUAUCUAUCUAUCUAUCUAUCUAUCUAUCUAUCUAUCUAUCUAUCUAUCUAUGUCAUCUGUUUACAUCUAUCUAUCUAUCUAUCUAUCUAUCUAUCUAUCUAUCUAUCUAUCUAUCUAUCUAUGUCAGUCUGUUCAUAUCUAUCGUUUAAUCUAUCCCACUCUGUUUACAUCUAUCUAUCUAUCUAUCUAUGGCAGUCUGUUCAUAUCUAUCGAUGUAUCUCUUUCAGUCUCUUUACAUCUAUCUAUCUAUCUAUCUAUCUAUCUAUCUAUCUAUCUAUCUAUCUAUCUAUCUAUCUAUCUAUCUAUCUAUCUAUGUCAGUUUGUUCAUAUCUAUCGUUUAAUCUAUAACAGUUUUCUCCUUCUCAACCCCUUCUCUCUCUCUCUCUCUCUCUCUCUCUCACUCACUUUGUCUACAAUUCUCCUCUUCGCCCCCUCCCGUUAA